CCCCUCCUCCUCCUCCUCCUCCUUCCCCCCUCUGCCUCUGCUGCUCGUCUUGAGUCACUCCGGCCCUCAACCAAAGUACACAAUACUCCCACUACAUCCCUCCCAGGAAACAAACCAACACACACCCCUCAACUCGAACAGCCCAACAACAACACCCCCCAUCCAUCCAUACCAUAACAAACUCGAUCUCUGAAAGCUCAGACUCAAACAAACAAAAUACAACUAAUACAUAUCAUCCUCGACCGACUGCCAACCGUUCAGAAGUUCAACUACAGCCUAAUCGAUCCGAUCAUCAUCAUCGCCAUCAAGUCCUAGCUCCCACAAGGGCCUGCUGCUUGGCUUAGACUUCCUGAUCGACGCGUCAAUCCCCCAACUUACGUUCUCCUCACUAUUACGUACCCUUCCUCUCUGGGCUUGGUCUUGUCCAACACGACUUGACCUCACGUUCUAUCCCUAGUCACUUGCGUUCUUUGGUCGACUCGUCCUCCUCUUCGCAUUUGACAACGCGCGUUAAUCGUGGUGUUGGACUUUGGUCUUUAAUCUACUGACGCGCUUCGGUUCCAGUAAUCUGCUUGCAAACAUCAAUGGCUCCUCCCACCAGACAUUCCUCUCGAUUAGGCGGUAUUGCCAUGGCUACUGCCGGCAAGGAAGAUGAGAACGCCGGCGCAAACUUGAUUGGUCGUCAGCCUGCCGGCAAAGUUCUCAGAGGACGUAAAGAUCUCGCGUCAACGGCCACAAAUGGUUCAACCAAAGCUAUCUCUAUUUCAAAAGCUUCCGGCGUAUCCACAACCAAUACCCGCAAGAGGAUUUUGGAUGACCGGACCAACAACGUGAAAACCGCAGCUUCAGUCGCGAACGCCAAUGCCAAACCCACCACUAAAGCUGCACCUCUGACGCGCAAGACUUCCAAUGCGGCCACCAAAAAGCCGAUGAUGGUUCUUGACGAACUCAAGCCGACUGAGGCCCUACCCAAGCGGACAAUCAAGCCUAUAAAAAAGGAAGCAUCCACUCGUCCCAUGACACGCAAGGCAUCCGGGGCGGAAGCUCAGUCAAACACCAACUUUGACGAGGCCGCUGGCCCAUCCGGACAAGCCAAGGCUCCCGCUGGAUCCAAAGCUAGCACAGGUACAGGCGCUCUCCGACGCAACGCCUUGCGCUUACACAAAGCCACCGGAUCCACCUCGACCGACAACGGCCUCCUGGAACCUUAUGAUGCCGGUCAUGUGGCUAAGAAAGUUCGGACGAGCGAGCCCGACGAAAUCUUGAAGGAGAACUGCGCCGAGCAAAACGUCAUCAAGGAGAAGCCGUCGAAGAAGGAGCUUACUAGGGUCGCCAAGGCCCAGCUUGCUAAGAUCCAGCAGAAAGUCGCAGAGCGGGACUGGGAAGACCUUGAUGAGGGCGAUGAAGAAGAUCCCUUGAUGGUUACUGAAUACGUGGUGGAAAUCUAUAAUUACAUGAAAGAAGUUGAGAUGGAAACACUUCCUGAUUCGAACUAUAUGGUCCGACAAGUCGAGUUGACCUGGAAGAUGCGUGGGGUAUUGGUAGACUGGAUCAUCGAAGUGCAUUCGAAGUUCCGACUGCUCCCGGAGACGUUAUAUCUGGCGAUCAAUCUGAUGGAUCGAUUCCUCACCAAACGUUCGGUGGCCUUGAUCAAGUUCCAAUUGGUCGGCGUCACUGCGCUCUUCCUGGCCUCUAAAUACGAGGAAGUCAUCUGUCCUAGUGUCACUAAUUUCCUCUACAUGACCGACGGCGGUUACGAUUGCGACGAGAUCCUUAAGGCUGAAACUUACAUGCUCGAAAUGCUUGAGUGGGACCUGCGUUACCCUAACCCGCUUAACUUCUUGCGUCGGGUCUCCAAGGCUGAUAACUACGAUAUCCAGAGCCGGACGUUUGCGAAGUACUUUAUGGAGAUUUCGAUUGUCGAUUACAGACUAGUAGCCACCGCGCCUUCGCUUCUAGCGGCCGCAUCGAUCUGGCUAGCUAGGAAACUGCUCGGCCGGGGCGGCUGGGACGCCAAUCUACGCCACUACUCCGGGUACGACCAGCCCGAAAUCCUUCCCAUCGCCCAGUUCAUGCUCGAUUAUAUCCUCAGAUCCGGCUGCAAGAAUCUCGGGAUGGGCCUCGAUCCUGGGUUCGUUAUUCAGGCUUCCUACGAAGGUGGCAAUGAACAUAAUAAUUUGUUUAAGAAAUACGCUACUCGUAAAUUUUUCCGAGUCAGUGAGAUUGUCCGGGACUGGGCGGUGGACCGCUACACGUUCGAGACCCCGACAGGAUACGAAUGGGACAAGCUCGAGGAAUGGAGCUCGAAGAUUGCGGCCAGCAAGAAGCGCUCCAACACUGCGGGCUCCCAGCGCAUCGCCCGCCAAGUCCAGGAGUUCUUCGCUAAUGAGCAGCUCGACGACGAUGAGGAGGAGGAGGACGAGGAGGAUGAUGAGGAUGGGCUCGAGGUCGAUCAGGCCGACGGUGAUGAUGACGAGAUCGACGAUGACGAGUAUUGACCGUCUCCGCCCUCAUCUUCUUUCUUAAUGCUUCCUCCGGCCUCUUUUCAUCAUCUCUUCUUAACAACAACAACCUCUUUAUCACAUAUCCUCAUUCCCCCUCCCCCCCUCUCACUUGUUCCUGAUACAUUUCCUUCUUUAUUUUUAGUGAGAAGCUUUCUCGGCUCACUCCGGCCUUCUAUAUUCUUCUCUUUUUCCUUUUUUUUGUGUUUUGGUUUUGCUCUCUUGUCUUCCAGUCCACCUCCAUUUCCUUUAUCCUUAUACACAUCUCCUUCCCCCCUUUCCCCCCACCCAUCCAUCACCAUCACCACCACUGAGAAACCAAAAAAAAAAACAAUUCUUUUCUUAACAAUUAACAACAUAACACAAAACCUGGGGACAUCCUCUCCUCUCCUUUUUCUUUUUUAAAGUCACUUUUUUUGUUUGGUUAUUGGUUAUCGGUUAUGUUUCUUUAUGAUGUUGUGUGGGCUCUUUUAUAUUCCUUAUAUAUAAACAUAAAUAUAUGUGACAUGUGUGUGUGUCUCUCUUGUCCAAGUGUGGGUCUUCCUUUAUAAUGACAAAGCGUAGUUUGUAGAGCGAAAGAAUGAGAGAGGACAUACUUUCUAUAUAGAUCUAAUUUAUAUAUGACUGGUCUUGACUUGACAAGUGAGGUGCUGUCUGAACAGUUCUUGCUCUGUGUUCUCCCCCUCCUUCCUUCCCUUUUUUUUUCUUGGUGUUUUCUUUUUCU